AGGUCAUAAAAUCUCUUAAAAAAUGUCCGAUAUUUUCCAUCCAGCGCCAUUCGCCAUCUUGUUUUGUAGUUCGUUGAGAUCAUUUAGAUCGUUUCGUCUAGCGGUGCGCUAAUAAGUUUGAACACUAAGUUCAACAUUUACGAGAAAAAAGUGCCUACAUUUAAUAAAUCAGAUUAUAAUUAGAAUUAGGUGUUUUGCAUCAUCGUUUGUAUAGCUAAAAACACAAUGGGCCGCGGAAGGGACCGUAGUCGUGAUAGGCGUCGCAGUCGAUCUCGAAGCCGAAGUAGGAGUCGCAGCCGUAGCAGAAGCCCUCGUUAUGGACUGGGCUCAGGUGGUGGUGGUGGUGGUUAUGGCGGUGGUGGACGCAGAAGUAACCCGGGAGCCAGCCUUCGGAAACCUAAGUGGGACUUGAGUCGUUUAAAACCAUUUAAGAAAGAUUUUUAUGUCCCACAUUUAGACGUUGAAAAGAGACCUGAAUCGGAUGUUGAAGCCUGGAGAAGUGAAAAUGAAAUUACUUUGAAAGGUCGAAAUAUACCAAAACCAACACUUACUUUUGAUGAGGCUGGUUUUCCAGAUUAUGUUAUGGAUGAAAUAGAUAAAAUGGGGUUUGCUAAGCCUACACCCAUUCAAGCCCAAGGUUGGCCUAUUGCUCUUAGUGGCCAUGACAUGGUAGGAAUAGCAUCAACAGGUUCUGGAAAAACUCUUUCCUAUAUAUUGCCUGCAAUUGUACAUAUUAACAAUCAACCUAAGUCCAGUAGAGGGGAUGGACCAAUAGCACUGGUACUGGCACCCACUAGAGAAUUAGCCCAACAAAUACAAGAAGUUUGUGAUAAAUUUGCAAAUACAUCAAAAAUUCACAACACUUGUUUGUUUGGAGGUGCACCUAAAGGACCACAAGCAAGAGAUUUAGAUGCAGGUGUAGAAAUAGUGAUUGCAACACCUGGUAGAUUGCUUGAUUUCUUAGAAAGUGGACGUACAAAUCUGAAACGUUGUACAUACUUAGUUCUUGAUGAAGCUGAUAGAAUGUUGGACAUGGGUUUUGAACCUCAAAUAAGGAAAAUUAUUGAGCAAAUAAGGCCUGAUCGUCAAACUCUCAUGUGGUCAGCAACUUGGCCUAGAGAAGUACAAAGCUUGGCUUCAGAGUUUCUUAAAGACUAUCUUCAAAUUAAUGUUGGUUCUUUGCAACUUGCUGCCAACCAUAAUAUAUUACAAAUAAUUGAUGUAUGCAUGGAGUAUGAAAAAGAAACCAAACUGAGUACUCUAUUAAAAGAAAUCAUGGCUGAAAAAGAAAAUAAAACUAUUAUAUUUAUUGAAACCAAAAGGCGCGUUGAUGAUAUAACUAGAAAAAUGAAACGUGACGGAUGGCCAGCAGUGUGUAUUCAUGGUGACAAAUCACAAAAUGAAAGAGAUUGGGUGCUUCAAGAUUUUCGUAGUGGAAAAGCUCCUAUUCUUGUAGCAACUGAUGUAGCAGCUAGAGGAUUAGAUGUUGAUGAUGUGAAAUUUGUCAUCAAUUUUGAUUAUCCUAGCAACUCUGAAGAUUAUGUUCACCGGAUUGGAAGAACAGGAAGAACAAACAAAACUGGAACUGCAUACACUUUCUUUACGCCUUCGAAUGCUGCUAAGGCUUCAGAUUUGAUUUCUGUAUUGAAGGAAGCUAAACAAGUUGUAAAUCCAAAAUUGCAAGAACUUUCCGAACAACGCGGUGGUGGUGGCGGUGGGCGACGUCAUCGCGGACGAGGUGGUCGGUAUCGUCGCAGACGGUCUCGGUCUCGAUCUAGGUCGCGGAGACGUCGUACUCGCUCACGAUCGCGUUCACGAGACCGACGCCGCCGCCGCCAUAGCUCUUCGAGGUCGUCCAGAAGCAAAUCUUCCCGAUCGUCAAGAAGCCGUUCCCGAUCCCGGUCUCGAUCUCGUAGUCGAUCACGUUCAGGCAAGUGCAGUCCAGUGAAGGAUUCUGUGGAAAUCACGCCGAAGCCGGCGCCUCAGGCAUUGUUACCUACACCGAAAACGCUCUUACCGACUCCCAUUGGCCCACAACUUCCCGUCCCUGAUAGGUUUAAUAACAGAUGUCCACCAACCCCACCUUCCAAAAACGAGUUACCAUAUACUAAUAGAACAGACAUGACUGAAAAUGGGAGUAUUAAUAGUAGUAACGGUAAUAAUAAUCAAAAUCAAAACCAACACCAACCACAGCAUCCGCUUCCAUCUCAGAUACCCCCUUUAAUGGCCUUAAAUCCCCAAAUGAAUAUGUCAAUACCUCCACCACCUAUGAAUAAUCCCCCUUUUGUAAUGCCUCCUUUUUUCCCUGCUGAUCAAUAUGGUAUGAUGUUACCACCAAACUUCGCCCCUAAUCCUAUGAUGUCUUCUGGUGGUUGGUCUGCGCCUCCUCCACCUCCUCCUCCGCCACCUCCAUCCGAUAUGGCUAAUGGGAUUCACGGUAGAGGCUCAGGCCAAAGUGGCCUUGAGUUAGAUUCCAGAAAACGAGGAGUCUAUGGAUCUAGUUCCGGCGGCCUCGGCUUGGGCAGCGGCUCUACAGGCCCCCCCGCCUCUGGUGGAGGUCUCGGCUCAAGCAAUAAUUUGGGAUCUGGAGGGGGCUUGGGCUCUAGCAGCGGGCUCGGCACUGGCGGUGGGCUGGGUUCCGGCGGAGGUCUCGGCUCUGGUGGAGGUCUCGGAGCUGAUAACGGUUCCGGUGGAGGCCUUGGCUCCGGAGGGGGCCUUGGCUCCGAGUCUUCUGGACCACGGUCUAGAGGCCGAGAUAGGCGCCGUCGUGGAAGAGGACGUGAUCAUGACAACCGUGACUCCGACAGUCUCAACUCUGGUGGCCUCGGGUCUUAUGGACUCGGAGGCUCCGAGGGCGGCGGCCUGGGCCAGUCUUCUGGCUACGGUCUCUCUGGCGGUCCUGGUGUACCCCAUGGGAGCCUACUGCCGCGCAUGCUCCCUCAAAAUGGUGCUGAUAAUAGGUCAAAUGGCGCCAACUUCACUGCUUUUGGUUCUUAUGGACCCAAAAAUAAACAUUUAAAUGAAGAAGGUAAUGAAGGUUACAAUAAUGAUGAACAAAAUGGACCCAUACAAUAUUAUGAGCAACAAAACUCUGGACCUGACAGACCUUACAGCAUGUUGCAGCCAGGACUGAGCGAUGCGCAGGCGAAUGGCUCCAUGGGGUAUAAUGACCGCCAGAGGAAUCGCCGACGGUGAACUUUGGAGGUUUGUUAUAUUCAAACCAAUGCAAACUUACCUCAUAUUGAUACGCACAAACAUAUACACACACAUUUACUACAAAUGCCUUAUUACAAUAUUACUAAACGGUACAUAAUUCAUGUAUUAAAAUAAAACGUAAACUGUGCAAAAGAAAAUAAGAACAGGAUCGACACUUAGGCAUAGUCAUUUUCAAAUUAUGAAAGAAAAAACAUGAUCAAAUUCUUUCAGUCCAAACACCAAAUACCUUAAAUCACUGAUUUGAAAUUUAAACAUAUUACUUCCCUAAAUGAAUUAAUGAUGAAGCCUUUUCUGCUGAAUUAAGACCAUUUUGAAAGAAAUUUUACUGUUAGCAAAAUUGGCUAUAUCCUAUUCUUGUUUUCAUCGCACCAUGAUUAUUAUUAUAACAGACAACUGCAAAAUAGUUGUUUUGUUAUUUUACUUUAAAUAUCUGCAAACACAAAUUUUUAAAAGUUUUAACGAAAAUGUGUUUUUUUUAUUACAGAAAACGGUCACAAUGGUGAUUCCCGUCGACGAAGAAGACGAUAAACAUCGCAACACGCCUUGCACGACCUAAUCUGGUUUAUUCAUUAUUGUUUCAUUCCAUGAUUGUAUCAUAUCCAUAAUAAUUUUGUGAACAUUUGCACAUAUUGAUCUAAAAAAAGAUAGAAAACGAAUCUGCAUUUUUGAAGACUAAAAAAUUUAAUCCAGUAAUUUAAAAUUUUUAAUGUGCUUGUCUUAUUGUUAGGGCAGUUGCACUUUCAUGGGAGAUUAGGGAGAACAACACCUUAAUAAUGAACGUGGAACUGAUUCACAUAUUUUUGUGGAUCUAGGACACUAUAUACCAUGAUUCUAGUGUAAUAUGUGGAGCGGCUCUAUAAGUAAUUAAAUCUAUCAUUUGGCAAAUUCCGAAAUUUAUUAGAAAAAUGCAAUAUUUAUUAGCUUAAAGCCCAACAGCCAGUCUAAAUCAAAUAGUCUUAUGCAUAAGGCUGCGAAACAUCAAUGAAUAAUCUACUUUAAUAGAUUAAAUAUUGUGCACAUUUAUUACAAUAUGUGGUCUCUUACAUUUUAAAUUUGACGGUAAUUUAAAUACAUCGUUUACUAAAUAUAAAUAAUGAUUAUGAAAUAAGAACUUAAAAUACAUCAUAUUAAACAGUUUAUUAUUUGACAAAUAUUGAAAAGUGCAAUAAUGAUCACUUGGCAACCCUACUGAUGCUACUUGCAUGGAGGACACAAAUAAACUCCAAUACAUGCUGGUAAAGUGCAUUUCAAUAAAAUAUAAAAACUUGCGGUAAGAUAUUCAAUUGAAUUUAAAAAAAAUUGUUUGUUUUCAAAUCAUAUUACUUUAAAUCACAACUAAAAAUGUGCAUAAAUCCAAUGUAAGCAAGUUAAGAAAUAGAGGCUAAGAAUUUUUGAUGAGAACGAAUGUUCUCACAAGUUCUGCUAGCCGUACAAACUGAACAUCCGAGACACAUGUGCACUUGUUAGUCAAUCUUAGCGGACAAGGGUUGAAAAUGAAUUAAGGACUAUGGGAUUUGCUAGCAUUCGCUCGGUUUUGUCAGUUCAAAUUGAUAAGUACUAAGAUUGACUAGGUUUUCUUCGCUUGCUCACACUAGAUUGGUGCAAAGUGAUGGUUUACAUGUUUGUCUGUUGACAUUCGCUUGAUUUGUUUGCUGAUAAGUUUUAAUAUCAUAAAAUAUAGUGUAUAAUAAACAUUUUUUGUAAUGAGUAGAUGUAGGGAUAAUUUUUUACCUACUACAUUUCAUAGUGCACAAGAUGCACCGUUUAUUAAAGACGGUACUAAUUCUAGGGUCAGCAGACUAAAGCACAUAAGUCAAAAAACUCUACUUUACAGGAAUUAAAAAAAACUAUUUAGAAUCUUAUACAUUAACAAACUUAAUAAUGUUUAUUUGAAUUAUAUAAGUCUAUAACACUAACUUAUUAUUAAAAUUAAAUAUUUUAAAGUAAA